AUGGAAAAUAAUUCUGCAUCAAAUAGCGACAAGAUGUCCGUAAAUAAAGCGAAAUCUUAUUCAAGUGAUCCACCUAAGAAACUCAAAAGCGAGCCAGUGAAGCGAAAAUCGUUUAAUGUGAAUGAGGCAUUUAGAUCCUUAGAUCUGGCAUUAGGGCGGCUAAAGAAAAGUAAGCUUGUAAAUGGGGAAUAUGGAGCGUGCUCCGAACUCAAGGAUACUUUUGACCGCGAUGAUAACUCAAAUAUGUUUAUUGACAGUAACACAAGCCCAAGUUUAAGAUUAUUAGAUGUUGAUAAUGCUUCCGCAAUGUCUAUGAAUUUUUCUCAUUAUGAACUAAUGCGAAAUCUAUCAUCUUCGAACUGUAAUUCAGAUGGACAACUCAGUAGUACUACAUGUACGGGGUUCUCUAGUCUCUCAGAUAUUGCUUCCCGAAAUGAACAUCUAGAAAGGUAUUUCAGAAGUGUUGAAAUGUGGGGACGAAAUAGUAGAGUGGGAAAGAGUGACUUUAAACCU